AUUGCGCCUUUUUGUGGAUUGUUGUGCCGUUCUUAGCGUGAAAAAGGAUUCUUCGAGGAUUCUAGUGGUCUUCUCUGGAAUGGAUUCUGCGACACUGAAAACCUACCAUCGCGAGAUUGGCCAUCUCGUCUUUGAUGCCAACGAGAAAGUAUCCGUGCGGAAGAUCAGUAACCUGUGGAAUAUCGACUCUCAGCAGUCGGUGGAAGUUCUACAAAAGUGGAUCGACGACCAGAAGGAGAGUGUGAAGCUGACGCGAGAAUUUCUGAUUCGCGGAAAGGACAAAAAUGGGAAUGUGUUCAUGACCCUGGCCAACGAGAAAAGAGCUGGAAAGAUUACUAGCAAGUAUGCUGGUUGCUCGAAGAUGCUGUACUCGGUGGAAGCGGCCUCUGACGUGAGGCCGCUAAACGUUUCGUCGGACCGCGAUUUCGCAGUCAUUAAACUGCGCCUGGAAACAGAGAAGCGGGAAUUAGCGAAGCGAUCAAUGUCAGCCGCACAACCAGCAGUUGCUGCGGUGAAACAGGAACAGAAACCUUCCAAAACGAAUGGACUGUUCGGUGUGAUAGCCAACAAACAAGCAAAAUCGCAGACAUUAGCGAAAGAGGAAAAGCCGUCAUCUCCUCCACCGACGCCAGUAGUGCCUACGAUUAAACCGGAACCACAAACUCCCACGACUAAAUCGUCCCCGAAGAAGGCUUCUCCGAAAAAGGAUACUAAAAAACAGGUCAAUGGGAAGAGUUCUAUUUCCUCGUUUUUCUCUUCGAAACCGAGCCAAACGGCCGCCUCGAAACCGGUCGUUAAGCCCGAACCGGAAUCACCUAGCAACCCACAGUCAAUCAAGAAGGCACAAGAAGAACAGAAGAAGUCAGAAAAAUCCCGCAAAAGAACGAUCGAUGAAGAUGAGGAGGACGAGGUGGCCAUCAAAAAGGAACGGGAGGACGCUAGAGAAGAGGAAGAGAUUCCGAACACACCGCAGGAGGAGAAACGCGAUGCAAAGAAGAGACGCACCGGCAAACCCUUGCUGCAGCGUAAAACGGCGGCGAAUCCGUCGAAGAAAUCACGCAUUUACGCAAUUUGCGAUUCUUCCAGUGAUGAUGAAGCAAAACCGACGGAAGAACGCCGUGAGGAGGAACGUGUGAUCAAAUUUGAGCAGGAACCUGAAUCAGAACCUGAACCCAUGGAGGCCAACACAAUUUCGCCCGAGAAGCCGAUCGAAAACGAUUCCAACAGUGUCAACCAAAACCACAAAGGAAAGGUUAAAAAGCUGGUUACGAGAACGUUUAUGGGUGCGGACGGAUUCAUGGAAACCGUCAAGGAGUACGAAAUGGUGUCGGAAGAUGAGUCUCAGGAGACGGCGAACGGCGAACAACCACACCUCGCGGAAACCAAACUCAGCGCUCCCAGUGUGAAGCAAGUUCAAGCAGAACCCAUCGAUAAAAAGAAGAGUACUCCAGCGACGCCGAGAACGAAGCAAGGAUCCAUCAUGAGUUUUUUCGCAAAAAAAUGAAUUCCAACUAUCAUAUGGCCUCUAGUUCUAUUUACGUUAGCAACAAUGUUGAAACAUUUCAAAGAAACCCCUAAAUAGAGCGCAUAAAAGUGAAGAAGAGACGAACAGAGUGUGGAAGCAAUUGGUGCGG